GUAUAAGGACUCUCUAUCCCGCCGCAUUAUGCUCGUUGGCUUAGCAGCGCGUCAACCGCGUUGCAUGCGAGACAGGAAGGUGCCGACCGGCAACCGCAAAGCGAAGCGACGCCCUACUCAGUUGUGUAUACAUACACUGCACGCUUUCUUGGCAAGCUCAGCAUAUGUGAAGUGCACAAACAACAUCGCUUGCACCAAAGUCAAAUUCCUCGAGUUGCUUACACCUUCGCGCGUGUUGACGAACUUGAGCGCCUCGCGAUGGCAGUAACAUCAGAUACUGACGCUGCUGAAGUCAUCGGCAACGCGAAGGACGAGCGACCAGCCGUUCAGAACCUGGUCGCGGACUCCCACACGCCACAUGGCCAUGGGCACAGGCGCCACUACCAUGACCACAUGCACGAGGUCGUUCUGCCCAUGCGGACCGGGCUCCACGAUUGGGAGGUGCCCUACGGACUACGGCUUGCUGGUGUGACGACUGGGUACCGCCAGGGCGGCACGUACAUGGACUGCAUGAAGACGCUUUUCACUUGGCACAACCAAACCCUCAACAGCUGGACCAUGAUUUUCGGCUGGGCGUGCUCGUGCUGGUUGCUGUGGUGGACGGUGACGCGGCUGCGGCCGGAGGGCUGGGACCUGCUGGCCUUCUGGGCUCUGUGGCUGUGCCCCACAGUGCACCUGCCCUUCACAGUGGGCUACCACCAGUUCGUGUGCAUCAGCCCUGUGGUGCUGCGGCACUGGCGGGCGCUGGACGUGGCCUUCAUAUUCGUGGCCUCCAUACCGCUCACCUGGGGCCUCGCCUACUUCGUCAUGCCGCCCGCCGCCGCCGCCGCGCUGACCGCCGUGACGGUGGGGCUGGCUUUGCACGCCUGGCACAACGCGGCGGCGCUGCCGGCGGGCGCGGACAUAGACAAGAAGGCCAACACCCGUUACGUGGGCCUGGUGGUGCUGGUGUACACCUUCCCCAUGGUGCUGCGCGGUGUCCAGGACCUGGCCGCCGUGUACGGCCCCGGCGCCGACGGCGUGUGGCCGGCCGUGGCGGCGGCUCUGGGGGUGGACCCGCUGUACGGCGCCAAGUGCGCGCUGGCGGUGGCGUUCUGCUUCGUGUACGGCGGCGUUGUGUACACCAGCUCCUUCCCGGACAUAUACGCGCCCGGCCUGUGCGACCUGGUGGGCUCGGCGCAGCAGCUGAUGCACCUGGCCAUAGCGGGCGCGCACGUGGUCGAGUGGCUGUUCGCGAUUCACAUGUACCAGCGCCGACAGGUUAUGCCGCAGUAGAGAAGAGGGCGGGAGGCGACUAUGCUAGGCAGUGCGUGCGACCGUGCAUGCCAUGUAAGCGGCACACAGAAACUAUGGUGCAUAAUAACUAUAUCCAAGAAGUGUGAUGCUUUAAGUUGAGGUUUGACGUGACAUAGGAUGGAGAUCACAGCUCCAUAGCAACCAGCUUGGGGAGACCAUGGUGGGCAAGGUUCGGGUGUGGGCACGGCGUGUGCUCUCGACAACUUGCGCACCGAUUGAUGCAAUCAAUAGCAUUGCGAUUGCAAUCUCAUACGUCUUGGUCCUUCAAGUGGCCACGGAGGGUGAUGGCCUGGGUGGAGUUAAGGAUGGGAUGCCCUCGGGCCGCGGUGGCACGAUGAUUGGGCCGCGGUGGCACACAGAUGAGGAGGCGAGGCGGGUUGAACUCAGGCGAGCCCAGACUCCGGAGCAACACACGGUACCUUAAUAAAAUGCUCUUAUCCUUGAUUGUACAGCUUACAGACGUGGCAGCCAACCUGUAGCAGGCAAGACUUUAGCAUGCAGUUCUGAUGCCAGCGCAAACGGACGAGGAGGCUGGCGCUGGGGUGCGUAGCACCGUUGCCCGUGAGCAUAUAUCGCAGAAGCGAUCGCUGGCGAAGCAAACUGUGGAGAAGAUUAUUGCGUACGGUGUAGGAGUGCUCGUCAUUGUCACGUUCUUCAUCGCGUACAAGGCGGGGGCCUUCGGUGACAAGGAGCAGCCCUGAACACGCAUGUUUGAAGCGAGUGCGACAGCCUGAGACGGUCGCCUAUGGCCGGCUAUGGGCUUAGUAUGCGGCUGAGUAUGAGGCAGGGUAGUAUGGACUGAGGCAGGUUAGUAUGGACUGGGCAGGGUAGUAUGAGCUAUGGGCGAGUGGGUGCUUUACGCGUGCGUGCGCGACGAGGCGCGUCAGGCGCCGUUACCAGGCAUAUCAUAAAACAAAGAGAGGCAAGUCAGUUUGGAUGUGCAUGCGCACAUACAAACACGCAUUGUGCGGGGAUUUACAGCAGUUCGUGUCGUCAUGGAGUGCGGUAUGUACAGUGUAACGUAGAAGCACCCCUGGUAGGAAGUGUACGGUAGGAGAGCAUGACGGCAAGCCAUGGUCAUGCGGGCGCCUUGUCCUGCAUUGAGUACCACAUCAUUUGAGUGGGGAGGAACGCGGAACGCGGAAAAAAGCGGCUAGACGCUGUCAUCGUAAUUAAGGAGCAACAGAGGAUUGUCGAGAAGCGCGCAUUCAGCGUGAGCAGGGUUGCAGCGCGUGAGCGCGUGAGUCUCAAUGGUACCGGAAGUAGUGGCCGCAUUGUACACGUAGUGGCCGCAUUGUAUUUGGGCAGGUGCCGCUGCAGCGCAUGCAGUGCUGUAGCCAAUACAGCGUCCUUCUGUACUCCGAACACUGAACGCCAUGUAAUGACUAACUGUU